AUGUCCGGUUCCAACAGUGCCAACAGCAACAGCAAUAGCAACACUAAUAAUAGUCCUAAUUUAACAGGCUCUCGACAUGCAUCGAUCGUAGAGAUGCUAUCGACCCCUCCACAUUUACCGCAUCAUCACCAAAGAGGUCAGCAACAACAACAACAACAGCAGCAGCAGCAGAGGAUUGAAAAAUCAGAAGGCUUAACUAAAGUGGGUUCUCACGGCUCUGCACACUCUUCAGUCUCUUCUAUCGCUUCGAUGAGGGAAGCAGAGGGGCCGGCUAGUGUGGAACACGAAGCUGUGCAAAUGACUCCUACCGCAUCCCAAUGUCUGUACACUGUACAUCAUCAAGAGUGGCAACACAUUCAAUUGUCACAGCUGAUCGAACCAAACAAGUUGAUCACAGUUUCGGGGUCAUUGUCGGUGGAAGAAGCCUUCAAUACGUUGAUCAGACAUCAUUUGACUUCGCUGCCCGUUGAACAACAGCCGGGAGAUAUGAACUGUCUCACUUUUGAUUAUAACGAUCUCAAUUCGUACCUAUUACUUGUGUUGAACAAAAUUCAGGUGAACAAUAGGCAGGUUCAACAGGAUUGUCAGAAUGGUAAAUCAGUCCCAGUGGGAGAAAUUGUCAAAUUAACUCCAAAGAAUCCAUUCUAUAAACUUGCAGAAACUGAAAACUUGUCUACCGUGAUGGGGAUCCUAGGGUCCGGUGUGCAUAGAGUAGCUAUUACAGACGUUGAAAUGACCCAGAUCAAAGGUGUUCUUUCGCAAAGACGUCUGAUAAAAUACUUAUGGGAUAACGCAAGAUCAUUUUCAAGCUUGGAACCUCUUUUGAACAGUUCAUUGCAAGAUCUCAAGAUUGGUGUGCUUAACUCACAUGCAAAACCAACUUCUAGACAGUCGCGAAUCAUCUCUAUUCAGGGCGAUGAGCCACUAAUCAUGGCUUUGUACAAGAUGUACACUGAUCGUAUCUCUUCCAUUGCCGUCGUAGACCAACAGGGGAAUCUGAUCGGAAAUAUUUCAGUGACAGACGUCAAACAUGUUACAAGAACUUCCCAAUAUCCACUUCUUCACAAGACUUGUCGUCAUUUCAUCUCGAUAAUCCUCAACGUCAGAGGUCUUGAAACAGGUAAAGACUCUUUCCCAAUCUUCCACGUUUAUCCAACCAGUUCCUUGGCAAGAACGCUUGCCAAGCUGGUCGCUACUAAAUCUCACAGACUUUGGAUCGUUCAACCUCAAGAAGUAUCCUCAUCCACUUCGUUAGACACAAUACCCUUGCCCCCAGCAGGUGGUAGCCAGGGCUCAACGUCAUCUACUCCAAACACAAGUCAGUCACCCAUCAUGUCUGCAUUGGAAGAUCCGCCAUCGCCUCAUUCUGCAGCGGUAGCGUCCGGCCUUUUCGAGAAGGAAUACCGUACUGGUAAAUUGAUCGGUGUGGUUUCCUUGACCGACAUCCUGAGCUUGUUGGCAAGAAGCCAGACUGAACACAAGCAGGUCGAUCCUCAAAGUGCCAGAAGACAGAGAGGAAGUGUUGUAAGCUAG